AUGGUCAAAGAUCUGCCACCAGUUUAUUCCAUGCCCUCUCAACCAUACCUCGGCUCUUACCAGCACAGCCGCUUCGUCGCGCUCAACCGGAAGGUGAUCGCCGCAGGACCCGGGGCCCGGAUUGGUUUUGUCUCGAAAAAGACGGGUAGUGGAGCGGCGUGGAGAAAGCGAAGAAUUGACGCUUCGGUCCGUUGUGCUACUAUCGUCAUUCCGGAGGUGUUGAUGAUCAAGGAGACCUCUACAAAUACUCCUACCAUCGAGACGACCGAUUUUUCGGCCAAGCCCAGCAAGCAGGAGCUUCGCGCCGCGCUGGCCAAGAUUCAGGACGCCAGCCAGCGACUUUUGCCCUCAUCCACACUCUCCGCGCUCUUCCCAGCACCCAGUCAU